AGUACACACACAAGACUCUGAACAAAACAUUUAGGUACUAUAGAGUCCAUAUACUGUACUAUCAUGAGCAGCUGAAUUCUGCUAAUCUGCUAUUCUGCUGUGUUGUUGACUUGUUGAAAAAUAUCCAUAUUUAACACGUUACAAAGUAAAAAACCUAGCUUCCGGCCAAACGGCCAUACGGAUUCUACUUGCGUCUAAGCUUAACUUACGCUUAAGUUAGACGCAAGUAGAAUCCGUAUGGCCGGAAGCUUGGGAAAAUUAGGGUGAUUAUUAAUAUAACUCUGAUUGUAUUCAUCUGAAAGAAGAAAGUCAUAUUCACCUAGGAUGGCUUCAGGGUGAGUAAAUCAUGGGGUAAUUUUCAUUUUAAAAUGAACGAAUCCUUUAAAGCAUGUUGUCAUGCUGUUGCUGAGUUGAUCUGUGUUGCUGCUUGGGUUCUCUUGGUGGUUGCUAGGACAUAAUGGUUCUAUGGGUAUGGGCAUUGCCAAAGUUGCUAAGGUGUUCAGAGUGUUUGUAAGCAUGUUUGUUAUGCAUUUUGCUAGGUUGUUCUAUGUGGUUGAUAGGGUGUUCAGCUCAGUUCACUUCAACUGACUUUCUAGAACUCGGACUGCGGCAGCACUCAAGGACAUUUUUUUUUGCUAUGGAUUAUGCAAAACCAUUCGUUCUGAGCUGCCUGGGGGGGAAAUCUAUCAUGAGGCAUUUGGGACCGGUAUCCAAUGUGGCAGACCCCCAGUGAUGUUGGUCCAUGUGGCUGUGAAAAUGUUGCUGUUGGUCUCAGCACUUCCAAGCCCAAUGGUCCCAAGUCUGGUGGUCUCAGCACAUCCAAGUCCGGUGGUCCUAAGUCCAGUGGUCCCCAGUCUGGUGGUCUCAGUACUCCCAAGUCCGGUGGUCCCAAGUCCGGCGGUUUCAUCACAUCCAAGUCCGGUGGUCCCCAGUCUUGGUGGUCUCAGCACUUCCAAGCCAGGUUGAUCCCAAGUCUAGUGGUCUCAGCACUUCCAAGCCUGAUGGUCCCAAGUCUGGUGGUCUCAGCACUCCCAAGUCCAGUGGUCCCCACUUCGGUUGUCUCAGUACUUCCAAGCCCAUUGAUCCCAAGUCUGGUGGUCUCAGCCCAUCCAAGUCAGGUGGUUCCAAGUCCGGUGGUCUCAGCACUUCCAAGCCCCAGUGGUCCCAAGUCCGGUGGUCUCAGCGCAUCCAAGUCUGGUGGUCCAAAGUCCAGUGGUCCCAGGCGCUACCCUGUUUUGGCCAAGAAAGCCAUCCCUGAACUCUCUGUCUGCCCUAAUUUUGUCAUGUUCCUGGUACGUCAUGUGAUUCCCUUGUUCCUCAUGUGAUCAUGUCAUGUGCUUCCUUUGGUCUGUUAUGUUGUUAUUGGUUUAUUCUAGUCAUGAACUUGGGUUCACUUAAACUCUGCUCGCCUUUAGUGGACUAUACGCUAUGUGCUUGCUAUAGUGGUUGGCUGGUUGCUAGGGUGUUGCUAUUCGGUUGCUAGGAUAUUCUAGCUGGGUUGUUGCUAAGGCGUUCUGAGUGUUUUUAUGUAUGCUGCAAUGCAGUUGAUAGGACAUUGCUAUGUGGUUGCUACAGUGGUUGGGUGGUUACUUGGACACUGUUUUGGGCUUUUUAUGGUGUUCUUGGUGGUCGUUAGUGGAUCAAUUUCACCAUAGCACAAACAAUGUUGUACACACCAAAGUUUAAUACUUAAGUUUAGGAGUUUGUUCAAAUCACUAACCUUAAUAAUAGUAAUGAUGCUUUACUUGGCAAACAUCAAACUGUACACAAACAACUAAUAAAUAAUAGAAGUGUGUUUUUUACUUGUAUGCAGAGUAUUGUUGAAAUAUGUUUAAUGAAAAUAUUGAAUACUAGAACAUUUCUUUU